UCUGCCACUUAGAGGCGCCUGGUAGGGAAGGGCCUGGUCAGCUGCGUCCGGCGGAGGCAGCUGCUGACCCAGCUGUGGACUGUGCCAGGGGCGGGGGACGGAGGGGCAGGAGCCCUGGGCUCCCCGUGGCGGGGGCUGUAUCAUGGACCACCUUGGGGCGUCCUUGUGGCCCCAGGUCGGCUCCCUUUGUCUCCUGCUCGCUGGGGCCGCCUGGGCGCCCCCGCCCAACCUCCCGGACCCCAAGUUCGAGAGCAAAGCGGCCUUGCUGGCGGCCCGCGGACCCGAAGAGCUUCUGUGCUUCACCGAGCGGUUGGAGGACUUGGUGUGUUUCUGGGAGGAAGCGGCGAGUGCUGGGGUGGGCCCAGACAACUACAACUUCUCCUACCAGCUCGAGUGAGUCCGAGCCGGCGGGCGCCUCCUCGGGCGGAGGGAGUGGGUGGGGCAGAGCUCCUUGGAGGUCGUAGCCUCGGACGUCCCCGGCUGUUUGAGGCCCGAGGGCGCCUCCACUCGUGGUCACUGGAGGGAACCCUGCGGGUCCAGUUCUGGCACGCCCCCUAUGGGCCGGGGCGCGAACACUCCCGCGAUCACUGCUGGAGCGCGACCCCAAACAUCAGGCUGGGAUAACAACGCCUCCAACUC